AUGCCUCCCAGAAACCCUAACAAUCCUCCAACGCAAGAUGUAGAAAAUCCCACGGAACGAGAAGUCGACGACGACGACAACGGAGUGGCGGAGAAGAAGCGGAAGGUUUCGUCAGCUGACGAAACGGCGGCCAAUGUGAAUGUUAGGCCUCGGAACUUAAGGAACAAAAAACCGACGUGCUCGUUGUCGCAGCCAAUGGAAUUGAUUAAAGCUUAUGAGGAGAACUCAGACGAGGCGGAGGCGGAAAACCAUGAGAUAGCUAAUUUUUCGGUCACUGUAUCGGAAAAGAACAAAGAAGAAUAUUUCUCGGCCUUGACUGGAAAAAAGCCUUCGAGAAAGCCUAAGAAGCCUCGCAAUCGUAAUAUGCAGAAAGCGAUAGACCAAGUUUUGCCAGCGCUUGAUAUAUCAGAGAUCAUUGAUGAAGUCAUGAUACAAAGGUGGAGGGGACUCCAUUGGUGGCGGGGAAGCAAGGCAUUUUACCGUUGAAAGAAGAGAUCUAUGGAGAUAUUGUAGGUGCUAGUACGUGUAGUUGCGUCUGUAGUUACUGUUCUUCUGCUGAUGUCCUUAUCUUCCCAGGACAUAUAUUUUGGCGAUUGAUUUGAUUUAUCUCUUUUUUCAUUGUUAAUUUCUUUUGGAAUGUAGUAUCAGAAACUAUUUGAUUAUA